AUGAAAUCCGUCCAAGUCUACAAAAACGACCAAGGCUCCGUCGCCAGCAAACUGGUCGACAUCCCCGAACCCGACCCAUCCCAACUGAAACCCCACCAACUCAUCAUCAAAGUCCACGUCUCAGGCAGCAACCCCAAAGACUGGAAGAUCCCGCUCCUCGUCCCGGCCCUCAACAACAGCAACAGCGGCGACGACAUCGUCGGCACCGUCACGGCGGUCGGCAGCUCCGUCACCGAAUUCAAAGCUGGAGAUCGCGUCGCUGCGUUCCACGAGAUGACCAAGGAGUUUGGGUCGUUUGCAGAGUAUGCUGUUGCGUGGGAGCACACGACGUUCAUGAUGCCGAAGGAUAUCAGUGAUGAGGAAGGGGCGACGAUCCCGUUGGCGGCAAUGACGGCUGCGGUGGGACUGUAUACGGCGCUGGAGUUGCCGGAGCCGUGGGUGAGGAGUGGUCCAGCGAGGGAGAGCUGUAAAGGUGGUGUGGUGGUCUAUGGGGCUGCGAGUGCGGUAGGGGCGUUUGCGGUGAAGUUGUUGAUGAAGAGUGAUAUUCAUCCGAUCAUUUGUGUGGCGGGGAAUGGGAUUGAGUUCGUGGAGGGGUUGAUUGAUAGGUCGAAGGGGGAUACGAUAGUGGAUUAUAGGAAGGGAGGGGAUGCGAUUGUGCAGGGGUUGAGGGAGGGGGUUGCGAAGGGCCAGACAUUGAGGCAUGCUUAUGAUGCUGUUAGUGAUCAUGGGAGUUAUGGGUAUUUGUGCCAGGUGUUGAACACUAAGAGUGGUGCGCUUUUAACCACGGUGCUGCCAGGAAAGAAAUAUGAGGGUAUUCCUGAGGGAGUGACGAAUGUCGUUACGCAGGUUGGAAGUGUACAUCAGGACCGAAACCACGAUUUUGGAUAUGCUUGGUAUAGGUUGUUUGGACAGGGGCUCAAGGAGGGCUGGUUCAAGGCACAUCCGUAUGAGGUGAUCAAAGGUGGACUCAAUGGUGUGGGAGAAGGCCUGUCGAGAUUGCAACAGGGCAAGGUGAGUGCGACGAAGAUGGUAUUUAGAGUGGCUGAUACUGCUGGUGGAAGUAAGAUAUAA